UUGUCUGUAUACCUAAAAUUACGUUAUCCUCUAGUUAUCAUUUCUUGCUUUUAUAGAGAUAUUUUUUAUAUCUCUAUUUCGCAGCAUUUCCAGGUCUGUAUUGCGGCACUGGAUUGUGCUCGACUUGAUCUCGCCGGUGAAUGUAUAUCAGCUUUAAAUCAUCGUUUUCCGCGAAGUAAUCGGGUUCUGAGGUUGCAAGCCAUGCAUCAUGAAGCAGCUGAUCAGUUUGAUACCGCAUUAGCACUGUAUGAAAGGCUUAUUGAAAACGACCCGACGAAUAAUUCGUUUCGUAAACGAAAAGUUGCUGUUUUGUUGGCGCAAGGAUUGAGACUUGAAGCAAUCCGUGAACUUAAUGAUUACCUUAAAAUUUUUUUGAAUGAUUCGGAAGCUUGGAUUCAACUUAGUGAAUUAUUUCUAGCUGAAAAUGAUUUUGCUAAAGCUGCACAUUGCUUGGAAGAAUGCGUACUUGCUGCGCCAUUAAACACGUUGUACCUUCGACGUCUUGCUGAUAUAAGGUAUACCCAAGGAGGCCAAGAGAACAUAGACCUCGCUCGUGCUUAUUAUGAGCAAGCAGCUAAACUUAAUCCUGCUGAUCUCCAUGCCUUGUAUGGUAUAGUAUUGGCCUUACAGAAUCCAUUUUGUUUCCAGUGUACUAAUUAUUUGGCAAAUCAUAUGAAAGGAUCUGGUGGUGACAGAAAAAGGGAGUUGUUUGCUACG